AUGGCUUCGAGGGAUGGUAACAAGAAAAAAAAGAAUCUCAAAGUUUUUGUCAGAGAUCGUUACAACAGCUUUCGUGUUUUGCCUAUCGAUGAUUCUGGAAGUAACGAAGAUGGGAAGCGUAAAGAGGUUAUUGAAUGUUCUUCAAGAUCCCCUGUUUUUGAAACAGGGGAAUCUUUGCAGAUUCCUUCUUCUUAUCCACUAGAGACCAAUUCCAAUCCAUUUUAUAUUCCUGGUCAACCUGAGACCUCGUCAAGAAAUGGUGUCAGCAUGGGAGCUUCUUCUCUGGUUCAGAUUUGGGAAGCUCGGUCGCAGCAGUCAAGUUCGAGUCUAAGUCAAUCGCUACUCGAUAGCAGGACGAGUUCUGAAUCAAGUCUCUCCGACUUUCUCAACGACGAGGCGAGAAAAAGCAACGAAAGCAGUGGUGAAGAAAUAGAUUGGUUUCCUCAAUCAGAUAUGAAUAAUGUUUCAAAUUCUUAUGAGAAUGAUGGAGAAGGAAGAUGUUUUCUUGAGCUGGCUAGUUGUAGUACUCCUAGGAUAAGAGGACGGCAAGCAAGUGAAGAUGUUUGUAAGAUGAUUUUGCGUGACCGAGAAAAUGAGCUUGAAUUGCUCGGUGGUCGCUACGCGGUUUCAAAGUUCUCGCCUCGCGGUUGUGGGCGUCUUCAGUAUAUGCUUAUGAUCCGAAGUUUGGAAAGGUGCAUUGUGAUUCAAGAAAGAUAUCGGUCGAAAUCAGAUGUAAACCGGUUUUCACGAGGAUCUAGGAAUAGAUAUAUGGCUAAUACUAAGAAGGGAUUUCGGAGCAAUUUGAAUAGCGCAGUAGAAACAAAAAAUUUGUCUGGAGUAGUAUAUUUUAGGGUGAAGAGUGUUUUGCAAGAAACAAUGGAGAAAAGUAACACAAGGGAGAAUCAGGCCGCGGCUGAUAAGCCGGAAAUUGCCAAUAAACCCGUCUUUAAUGAUGCUGCAAGCAAUGAGAACGGUUCAAAGAAACCUGAAAUUGAGCGGAAAGCUACAGAAGAAGGAGAAGGGUUGAGGAAAGUUACUGUGAAGGAAGGAGAAGAAACGAACAAGUUCUCAUCGAGUUUUGUAGAGAAGGUGUAUCUUUGGGAUUCUAAGGAGAGAGCUAAUAGGAGAAGAACUAUGGGGAAAGCUAAAGACGAGGGAAAAGAUGCAAGAAGAGUCAUUGAUGUGAAGACUGAAGGGAGAAACGAAGAAAGGCGAAAGAAAGAAGAAGGUAAAUCCAUGGAGAUUGAGGAAUAUAGAAGCAACCCUCAAGAAGUGACAUCAGUGGUUUGUUUGGAUAGAGAAAAGGAUGAAGAAACUGCAAGACAAGUAUUUAGAGAGAGUGGUAAAGAGGAAAAAUCUUCACAAAACGAUGAAGAAACAUCAAAAGCCGAGAAGCAACAAGCAGCGGAAACAUUGUUUCUAAUUCUUGAAUCACCAAUAUUUCUAAAUGCUUGGGAUGAAAAUGAAACAGAAAAUGAAGAAAAUGAAGAUUGCAAUAGAGAGAUUAUGUAUUAUGAUUGGAUUAGUGAUAUCUCGCGGCCAAGAAGUUAUUGGGAAGAUCUCAAGAAACAACGGGUGCUCGAGGUUAUGAACAAUAUUUCCGAGAAAGGCGAUAUGUGGAACUUGAUCAAGUGGAGGACCGUUUCUAGCUUCCUCGAAGGUGAUUUUCGGGAAAAGAUUGAUAAAAUCAUGAUCUCAUGCGUGCAAAAGAGGUCAGAAAUAGGAAGCAAUCUUGUAGAAGAAGAAGAAGGUAACGAGGAGACUUUGGUUGAGUGUUCAGAAAGGUACCAAGGGAACGUAGAAGAAAAUGAAACAAAAAAGUUAAUCCUUGAACCAGAAACUGAAACACAGAUGAUAUGUGAUCUCAAACAACAAAUCAAACAGCUUCAAAGAGAUAUUCUUGAACUACAAAGUUUGGUAAAAUCUUGUGUUGAUUUCCAGAAAUCCUUGGAAUUCGAAUCACUUUCUGGUACCAAUGUCUGCUUGUAAAGUCUAGAAAGCGAUUGCGGUUAAAUCGCAAACGAGAUCAUAAAAUUGCAGUUUUGUUUCGCAGGUGUGGACAUAUGUGCACUUGUCUGAAAUGUGCUCAUGAGCUUCAAUGGAGUAAUAUGAAAUGUCCGAUCUGCAUGGCUCCAAUUGUAGAUGUUGUGAGGGCAUUUCUUGAUUCUUAGGGCACAAGAAAGACAAGAAAAAACUUUACCUAUUUCAGAAAUUUAAUUUGGCAAGGUGAAACACUCUGAUCAUAUAUGCUAAAGUAAAAAGUUUUUCUUUUAUAUGUUAUAAAAUUAUACAUGUAUAUAUAAUAAGAUUGUAAUUUGUAAAUAUGUUUUUUUUUAAAAUUGAUGAUUUUAUAUAAUC